ACCCAACACCGCGAAGAAGAGGAAAGAGCAGUAGCCUGUCAUUUUGGUCGAUUUGAUUCAUCAUCGCCUUUUGGGUAGAGGAAAAAGUUAAAAUUCCCGGAGCACAUCACAACAUUUUCGGGCCGCGAAAUUAUGCACCCUUGCCGUGUAGUGUGUCGCCAAGAUUGAGCAAAGCGUUGUGCGAGUGCGAGAAUAUCGGAAGCGCGUUUGUGUGAAAGUAAUUCUGUGCGAAACGGUAAAUUACACUUUGCAUCAUUUCCGCAUACAAAGGGAGCAGCAAAACGUCAAUUUUGUGGAAACAAAAGAGGGCGAGAAAGUAACCAACACUGAAGCAGAAAAGCAAAAAAAACACAAAUCCUUCCCUCAACAUAUCCCGCGCAGUGGGUCCUAGCCGAAGAAAGUGAUCGGAGUGCGUGUGUGUUGUCUCUCUCGGUGCAGUGAUAAGCGGGCGGCGCGAGAGCUGAACAAUCUCCACACCCGAACCUCCAUUCGGGGUCUGUGCUUAUUGGCCGUGGACGUCGUGGCACUGCAGGGAAGACAAGGAACAGCGAGAAACAGCGACAGCGAUCCGCGGACCAACAACAUCCGCCACGCUACAAACAUGAGUCUGUUCGGAACGACGUCCACACUCAACGCCGAUAUAGAGAAAACAACAAGCGAAAACAAUACGACGGAAAAUUGGGGCCUCAUACUGGACAUCUGCGACCGGGUAAACAAUGGAUCGGCCACACCGAAGGAUUGCUUAAAAUGCAUCAUCAAACGAUUGAAUUCGCCCAACCCGCACGUGGUUAUGAAAGCAAUAACGCUGCUCGAUGCAUGCGUUAACAACUGUGGUAAACAGUUCCAUCUGGAAGUGGCCUCGCGGGAGUUUGAAACGGAGUUUAAGAAGCUGUUGCAGAAAAGUCAACCCAAAGUGACCACGAAGCUAAAACUUACCCUGAAACGUUGGGCCGAGGAUGUGUUCAAGUCGGAUCCGCAGCUCGACCUGAUACCGUCGCUGUACAAGAAGCUGCGUGACGAGGGGCACGACUUUAACGACCCGUCCGCCACACCAAAGCGCGAAACGACGCUCAGCAAAGACCCGAACGUCGUGUCUAGUCAGCAGGAGGAGGACGACAUUGCGAAAGCGAUCGAACUGUCGCUGAAGGAAGUCAAAAACACGCAAUCUCCGAAGAUGAUGUCAUCGUCCGGAACGAGCGCUUCAUCUCUAUAUCCUUCCACUUUGUUAUCUACUGCGCCAGCGGCAGAACCCAGGAAGGUUCGAGCGCUGUACGAUUUUGAGGCAGCCGAAGACAACGAGCUGACGUUCCAGGCCGGCGAAAUCAUCAUGGUGCUGGACGAUUCCGAUCCAAACUGGUGGAAGGGUCAGAACCAGCGCGGGGAGGGCCUUUUCCCAUCCAACUUUGUCACCGCCGACCUGUCCGUCGAGCCGGAAUCGCUGGCGGCGUCCGGCAAGGGCGCGAAAAAGAGUGUCCAGUUUUCGGACGAGCAAAAGCAGGACGGUGCCAAGGACGGGCAGCAGAAGCAUCUGCUGCAGCCGGCGACGGUGGAAAUCAACGAGGAAAAGAUUGACCGGCUGCUGCAUCUGAUACACGAGGCCGAUCCGGAGGAUCCGUCCCAGGACACGGAGGAGAUGCUGCAGCUUGAGCAGCUGGUCAACCAGAUGGGCCCGAUGAUCGAUGCCGAGCUGGAGCGGGUCGAUCGCAAGCAUGCCCAGCUGACGCAGUCGAGCAGCGAUCUGGUGGACGCGAUCAAUCUCUACCACAACCUGAUGCGCGAACCGGACCGUUCGGCGAUGAUGUCGAUGGGUGGGCCGGUGCCGGCCGGUGGUGCGUACGGUACGCCCGGCGGCUACCCGGGCAGCUCGAUGAACCCGAUGUACGGUAUGCCGGCAAUGUACCAGAGCCUGCCGGGUGUGGGAAUGUACCCGAUGGGACCUUCGCAGCCGCCGUCAAUGCCGGGGUACGGUAUGACCCAUCUACGGCACGACAUGACGCAGCUGAACGUUGGCACGAUGCCACAGUUUCCUACGCCAGCGCAACAGCCGCCACCGCAGCAAGCUGGCAUGCACCAUCUUUCUCACCAACAUCAUCAGCCUCAUCCCAUGCAGACCGUGGCGCAGAACGGUCCCACCACCAAUGGAAUGCUUUCGCAGGGCGCACCACCAACCACCUCGUUGGCUGGAGUUGGCAACCAGCAGCAGCAGCAGCAGCAGUCCACGACGUCGGUCGCUCCACAGACGAUGCCAAAUAUGUCGAUGCCUCAGCAGCAGCAUCUCGGGGGAAUGCCGCAAGGAUUCGCCAAUCCUACGUCACCUCCGCCUGUGGGAAUGUCCGGCGGUCCGCCAUCGCACCAUCAGAUGCAACCGGCACCACCCAAUCCGAAUCAACAGACGCUUCCGCAAAUGCGACCGGGCGGAGGACAGCCUCCAGUCAGCUAUCCGAGUUACGUUCCCCAGCAACAGCAACAGCAGCAGCAACCAGUGUCCCAACAGAUGCCGCAAACCGCCGUCCCGCAGGGAAUGCAGGGUGCUGGUGGACCACCACCACCACCAUCCGCCCAACCGAACGCAAACCAUCAUCCAAACCAGCAGCAGAUGAGCAUGCCACCGGCCCACUAUCCUCCCACAUCGGGCGCACCAACUCACCAUCAUCCGCAGCAGCCGCCACAGCAACCGCAGCAGCAACAGUUCAUGCCCCAGAUGGGACCGCCGCAGAUGACCAACUUCCCCCCGUUGGGCGCCCCAAUGAACAUGUUCCCGCCCGGUGGGCCCGGUGGAAUCGGAGGACCACUGUCCAUCAACACGAACCACCAGGGACCGCAGAACAUUCCCAUCUACCAGCAGCAGCGGUAAGCUUCGGACGGUCGGAAUACGGGGAGCGGGGACAGACCCAAGGGAAGGCAUCCGUCCCGAUCGCCCAACUGAAAACGACACAUUUUGACCAAUGCCACUUUUUUCGGUUCGUAUAUGGGUACAAGGGAGAUGUUUUUGAUGUUCGCCUAGCGGUUUUAGUCGGUACUCUUUUUAACUGAAACUUUUCCUUUAAAAGCCAUAAACUGAACGUGGGACGAGGA